CCAUUUCAUUUCUAAUAACAAAAUCCCCAAAUCGCAGCCCUCUUCUUCUUCAGUGUGAAUUGUGAUUGAAUUGUGAUUGAACAGUGAUUCUGUCCAAAUUUGGGUCCAUUAAUGGGGCUUGAUUUCUUCAGUUAUCUACCAUCAGAACUCACCACCGAAAUCCUCUCACGCCUCUCCAUCCGAAGCCUCGCAAUUAGCAAGUCCGUUUGCAAACCAUGGCUCAAUCUGAUCGAUUCCGACGAUUUCCCCAAAUCCGAAAUCAAAACCCCACCCGCCCUAGCUCUCCUGACGCCGAAGGAGAGGGACUCAACUCGGUGCACGAUUUUCGAAAUUGAAGACGAAGAUGAAGUCGAUGAUGCCGAGAAGAGCCACGAUCUUCACUACAUUCCGCUCACGGAUUUGGUGAUCCCUCACGGAAACAGAGCAUUUAUCGAUGCUAUCACUGCUAGAGGAUUGCUUCUUCUCUACUCACCGUUACCAAAAGAAUGUUUCAGAAUCUUCUCUGCCCCUCCUAUGGGAUAUCGAGACGGGGAUUUGUCUGUUCUGAGGGACUGUCUGUGUUAUUCUUACACGCGUGACAAUGAAAUUGUCAUUUGGAUGAUGAAGGAAUACGGAGUCGAGGGUUCUUGGACUGUAGAGUUCAAGUUGAGCACUGUUGGCUGUGAUGAUGGUUGGGAUGAUAUUUCUAUUGAUCCGAUUAGACAUUUCAAAGAUGGGGACGUUUUGAUGUCGCUGUACAGAUAUCAGCUCAUCUACUACUCUAACAAGGCAAGAACUAUUCAAGAAGUGGGCAUGUUCAAGGAUGCAGUUGCGGGUUACCUUACCGCCUUGAUUUUCACUCCUACCCUUUUGUCACUCAAGAAUUUCGGAUUUGAGAAUGUGAUCUCGUUUUAGUUCAUAAUACUAGUCUACAUAGUGUUCAGAUUCUAAUGUUUGUUUAUCGUGUAGUGUUCAAGUUCUAAGGUUUCUUUAUCGUGUAGUGUUCAAGUUCUAAGGUUUCUUUAUCGUGUAGUGUCCAGGUUCUAAGGUUUCUUUGUCGUGUAGUGUUCGGUAUUGGUCUUAUCUUGUACAACCUGCAACUGAGCCGUUUUAAUGCAUUCACUUGGAAAA